AUUCUGGACAGACUGCAAGAAAACAUCAUGGGAACACAUCUCUUGCAAGUCUGAGUCCCUCUCCAUGUACCUUUUAAUAUGUCCCCUCUACUCCUCCUUUUCAUAUUACUUUCCUGCAUUCCCAAAAUCUCACUUCUUUACCCGUCUGCUCCACCCCAAAACUUGUACAUCUCACCCUCACUGCUACCAUCUCCCUACUACUGCUCUCAUCACCUCCUGCUGAUACUUCACUCUCCUGCUGGCCAAAACACCAGGACUGGAAGGCAUGUACACUCGUGUAUAUCCCACUCCCAUCUUACUUUCCUCACCCUUCUUUUCCUAACCUCUGAGGAUAGCUCCCCAAACCCUGGUCCUCCAGUAUUUCACCCCCACACCAGGCAUCCUCUUUCUUCCGGGAAUAGCCGCAAUCCCCUCAAUUUAACAUCGGUCCCCGUGCUCCCAAAAACCACCCUCGCUUUUUCAUGUGUGCUUUGGAAUGCCCGCUCUGUCUGUAAUAAGCUCAAAGAAACUUGGCUCCAAGCAGCAGAUUCUGCUUCUCCCGCAGCACUUUCCUAUGGAGUCCUCAUCUGGACCCACUCACCCAAACCCAGUGGUCGGAAAGGUGAUGGGGUUGGUUUCCUUCUAUCUCCACUGAGCACCUUUCAAGUCCUCCCUAACCCUCCCUCUCUUUCCUUCUCUUCUUUCGAGACUCACUGCAUCCGGCUGUUUUCUCCCAUUUCUCUGAGGAUUGCAGUGAUCUAUUGGCCUCCUGGACCGGUGUCCCGCUUUCUUGAUGAUUUCUCCACCUGGCUACCCUACUUUCUCUCCUCUGAACUACCCACUAUCAUUCUCGGA